GCGCGGGGGGGCUGUGGGGGCCCCGGGCGGAAGGCGCGGAGCAGGCGGUUCUGUGCGCGGCUCUGCGCUCCCGGAGGCUCCCGCGGAGAAGGGCCCGGGCCCGGGCUGCGCGUUGGGAAAUAGAGGAAUCCACCGCUUUCCGGGGACUUUCCCGCUUCUGGUGGGGAGCAGGCGUGUCUGCCGCCCCCCCCGGGGCGAUCGCGGGCCGCGCAGACGCUGGGAGCCGCCGCCGCGCGGGGGGAGGGAGGCGCUCCCGGAACACAGCGCGCGCCCAGGGUCCCGCCGACCCGCGCCCGCGCCCGCGAACAGGACCGUCGCCCCGAGCCGAGUCCGCUCCUCGUUCAUUUGCCGACACAGACAUUGCUACGGAUGUCAUCCCAGAGUAUCGCAGCCUUUUCCUGUCCGACCCCAGGUUACAACUUGAAUGAUACUCCGUCUCCACUUCAUGUCAUCCCAUAAAACCAGAUGGCAGGUGCUGCCGCCGCCAUGUCCAGUUUCGAAGACGCGGACACGGAAGAGACAGUGACGAGCCUGCGGAUCACCAUUUACCAUCCUGGCCAGGUGCAAAAUGGGAUAUUCCAAUCGAUAAGGUUCUAUAACCCAGAGAAGCUCCCGUCCAGCGAAGUGGUGAAAUUUGGCCGAAAUUCCACCAUCUGUCGCUACACUUUUCAGGACAAGCAGGUUUCGCGAGUCCAGUUCUCCCUGCAGCUGUUUAAAAAGUUCGACAGCUCCGUGCUCUCUUUUGAGAUUAAGAACAUGAGCAGGAAGACCAGCCUGCUGGUGGAUAGCACGGAGCUGGGCUACCUGAACAAAGUGGAGCUGCCCUACAGGUGCAUGGUCCGCUUCGGCGAGUACCAGCUCCUGGUGGAGAAGGAAGACGGGGAGUCCCUGGAGUUUUUCGAGACUCUGUUCAUUAUGUCCCCCAGGCCUCUCCUGCAGGAACACGACUGGCCCGCACGCAAGCCCACCCCCGAGUUCUGCAGGUCCUCGUCCUGGUGCACCCAGAGCACUUCCCUGAGUGCUUCUCCGAGGGAAAUGGAUGAGAAUGAGUAUUAGGCACAGGCAAGAGGAGAGGCGGACGGAGCACUCUGCGGACGCCACUGACCGUUACCUGCAGCCCGGCUGUCGCCUGCUGAUGCCGUAGAGUCGGACCCAGGGCUGCCGUUCCACAGCCUGUAAUUCGUGGGCGGCACCGACUCGGUUGCCUGGUGCAUGGCUGGACGUGCUGAGGGCUCGUGCACAUGGGUGUGGUGAUGGAGUGAUGACCAAUAAAUGGGUUGUAGUGUUUUCUCUUUACACCUGAUGUUAGUCCUGUGCUUUGUUUUGUAAGAACCACCUCUAGGUCACAUCAUCUCACAGCAGCCACUGGUUUUAAGGCCAAGGCUACAGGCAGAUGGUUGCCUGCUGGUUGUCGGGCACUGGCCUGGAGGGGAGCGUGUGUUAGUGUCUGCGCAUUGCUGUGGCUUUAAUGUGGGAGCUUAUCUGAGCUAAUACCUUGACUUCCGACCGAUGGGAUUAUAGUAUGUGUCUGUUCUCAAGAAUAAAGUUCUUGUCUGUAAUCAGCACCUAAAAACAGCACUUAAAACAUUUUAUUGAACCACUGUGCUAGAUGCAGAAGUAUGUUUCAGUUUUCUUACCCAAUUUUAAACUGAUCUUUAUGUCCUAUUAAAAUGUUUAAUUCCACGAAUUCCUAAUGUCAACAGCACCUACGCACCUAAUAAAAUCUGUUUAAUUCUCGAA